AGCUUCACUUAAACAACUCUAAUAUGGAAAUUGACUUUCCUUUAUAUUCUUCCAGUAAUCCCAACAUUAUCUCUAAAACACAACCAAGUAAUAUUAUCAACAAUCAACACCAAGAAAUUAAUUCUAAAGAAUAA